AUGGCGGCUGCGCAAGUGGAGCAACUUUUGCUGAAUAAAGUGGAGCGAUGCUGUGGAGAACACUUGAAUUACAAAUAUCGCUUAAGGCCGGGGCAGCUAGUUCGUUGUAGAAAAAGUACUUCUUGUACUAGUAGAAAACGUACUACUACUUGUUGUUCUUGUACUAGAAGUUGUAGAUAAAAAAAAGUACUUCUUGUACUGGUAGAAAAAAGACUUGAUGUAAAAGUUCUUCGGUAGAUCGUUCCUCUUGAUUAUAAUACGCUCUUCUUGUACUUGUUCUUCCGAUGAAGUAGUAGGUUCGUGACUGUCAACCUACUUCAUCUUCUCUUGGUGAUCAUAUGCAGCUACAUCUUCGUUCCUCUUCCACCUCAGCUUCGCCUUUGUUCUCUUAGGCGACGCCUUUUUUCUACAGAUCCACCAAAACAUCCUGAAUCUCGCUCAAGCUUUACAUCAAAUCUAAGGACGACGAUGACUACAAAGGGCGGCCAUUCUCAUUACGAUUCUGCUUACGCGGAGUCGCGGCAAAACCCAAAGAAUCCGGAGUAUGAAUCGGUUGAAAAGCAGUGGGGUCGCAUGGUCUUCUGGGGAGUGCAUUAAGAGAAAAUUGAUAACCUAUUCGUCUAGUUCUCAAAGUCGUGGACAGCGAAUCAGACGGAAGAAGUUGUGGGGCUUCCAGAAUGAUUGGCUUUGUUACUUCUAACUUUUGAUGUCACCUCUAACUUUUGAUAAUACUGAAAAAAGACAAAAUGGAAGAGCUGUCGAACAGAUGCUAUCCCCUUGCGACGGACUCGGGGUGGGCCGUGAUGAGUGAGGGGCUUCAGCCGCAGCAGGGCUACGAGUGGUCCACAACCCGAUUGG